AUGUCUUAUCCUGAUAUUCCUUCUAGAAGUUUUGCAGACUGGAGACAAGUCCUUCAUGGUUUCUGGCCAGGUAAACCAAAGUUUACCGAAAAAGAUUAUCCGUCAUUGGAGGGGAAAGUGGUUAUUGUUACUGGAGGUAACACUGGUCUUGGUUACGAAACAGUCAAGUCUUUAGCUGGUGCAACAAGGGCUAGAAUCUAUAUCUUUUCAAGAAACAAGGAAAAGACCCUUGAUGCAAUUGAGAAGCUCAAGCAAGAAGUUGCAAGUGAAUACGAUGUUCGCAAAAGAGAAAUUGGAUUUAUUCAAGUUGACUUGAGUGACCUCACCACUGUCAAGCCGGCAGUGGAGAAAUUUUUGGCAAAGGAGGAUAGAGUGGACAUUAUAAUCAAUAAUGCUGGUGUUAUGAUGCCGCCUCAAGGUGCAAAAGCCAAACAAGGCUAUGAAUUACAACUUGGAACUAAUGUGUUGGGUCACCACUUGUUACAGCGUUUAUUAGACCCUUUAUUCAUCGAGACUUCCAAAACGAAUCCACCGGGAUUGUCCAGGAUUGUGUGGUUAUCAUCUACAGCUCAUAUGCUUGCCCCAAAAGGAGGUGUCUUUUGGGAGGAUAUCAAUUUUGAUAAAGUACCUAAAUUUACUACCAAUGUCAAGAGCCAGCUUUAUGGACAGAGCAAAGCUGCUAAUUUGAUCCAAGCACGUACAUGGUCGAGAAAGCACGGUUAUCCCAACGUCAUCAGUAGCUCUAUUUGCCCAGGAUAUUUGAAUACUGAUUUACAAAGAUACGCAACCAACAUGGAGAAAUAUAUUUACAAGUACGUUUUGUACCCGCAACGUUUUGGUGCAUACACAGUGUUGUAUGCUGCCUUCUCUCCGGACGUGAAGGAUGGUGAUCACAGUGUGUCAUUUGGAGUUCCUGCUAAAGCUAGAAAAGAUUUAUUGAGCGAAGAAGUUGGCGAUAAGCUUUGGUCAUGGCUAGAUAAAGAAACUGAUCCCUACGUUUAG